GGCUUCCCAUCAUCGGAGGAGCGCACUGGAUUUGUUUUGCUGAUGAACUUUUAAGCUCAGAUACGAUACGUUGUUGAUAACGUUUUUUUUUCUAUGUGUCUGUGUGCGUUGAGCAUGUCGACAUGGAUAUGCGACCCAUUUAAACAAAAUCCAUAAAAAUGAGAGAAAACUUAUAAGUUGGGUGGUGUUUGUAAUUGGGAUCUGGAAAGAAGUGGAUUUAGGGUGGACGAUUCUAUCAAUCCAUGAGCGCAGGAGACGGGAAUCACCUCUCUGGAUAGUGGAAAGUUGCGCUGAAGCGAUCAGCUAAUCCACCAUAAACCGAUGGACAUCAGCACUUCCUCCUUCAACAUGAACGACAACAAUGGGACAACAAUGUCUGACAAUACCAGCAGCACCAACAGAACCUCACAUUUCCCCAAUGAGGUUACUGCAGUACUCUACACUAUUGUCUUCGUUGUGGGUUUCUUGGGUAACGCAUUAGUUAUCUAUGUAGUUGCCCGAUACAGCAAGAUGAAGACAGUAACCAACAUGUACAUCCUGAAUUUAGCUGUGGCGGAUGAACUCUACAUCUUGGGGAUCCCCUUCAUAGGGACCACUGGUGUGCUCUCCUAUUGGCCAUAUGGAGAUUUUCUCUGCAAGGUGGUCAUGACUUCUGACGGCAUGAGCCAGUUCGCCUCCACCUUCUGCCUGACGCUGAUGAGCAUUGACCGCUUCCUUGCUGUGGUUUAUCCCAUUCGUAGCACCAAAUGGCGAAAGCCACGGAUGGCCAAGAUUUUCAGUGGCCUGGUGUGGGUUGUUUCCCUCCUGAUGGUGUUGCCGGUUAUCAUUUUUACACAAGUGCAGGAAGACACUAACACCUGCAACAUAAGCUGGCCUGGGCCUCCGGGCGUGUGGUCCGUUGUUUUUAUCCUGUACACAUCAAUCAUGGGGUUUUUUGGCCCUUUGGUUGUCAUCUGCCUCUGCUAUCUCCUGAUUGUCAUCAAGGUGAAGUCUGCAGGCGUGCGUGCAGGCCAGACUAAGCGGCGCAAGUCAGAGCGCAAGGUGACGCGCAUGGUGGUGAUCAUCGUGGUGGUUUUUAUACUCUGUUGGCUGCCCUUUUUUACUGCCAACAUUGUGAAUUUGUUUCAUUUCAUACCCGAGAACGAAAUCACUACCGCUGUCUACUUUUCCCUGAUCAUCCUCACCUACGUCAACUCCUGUGCCAACCCAGUCCUUUACGGGUUCCUGUCUCACAACUUCAAGCAGAGCUUCAAGAAAGUGCUUUGCUGCUCCAAAGAGAAUGGUACUACAAUUACAGAACCAGUGGGGACCAGACAGAACAAUGAGAAGGAGUCUACCCAGAUGGUCAUAAUGAACACCCAGAGUGAGCCUUUAACCUCAAAACCUGCAAUGAAUGGCCAGUGAUUGCUGCCUUGUUGCUGACCAAGCUUUCACCGAUGAACCAUUGGGACCUCAGGCAUUUUACCCAUGAGCCUUCAUACUGACAGGGAAUAUCCUGAGUAUAUUUUGGUUGCCCCCAUUUCUGUCUUGGGCGUCUCUGGAGAGGCUCACUGAACUGUUUGAGAAGCAGUUUUUACUAAUCACUGCGGGGUUUUUUUUGUUUUGUUUUUUGUUUUCAUGUCUUUGUACACUGCAAUAGACUGUGAGGAUAUGUUUUUGUUUUUCUUGUUUUGUUGGAAAGUAAGUGUCAAUUACUUUAAUCAGUUUAGAAUUAAUAUUUUGUUUUGUUCUAUAAUGGGCAUUUUUCAAGAAGUGAUAUUGCUUAUUCAAAUACUUGUGUUUUAAAGAGGACAUAUUGUGCAAAAUCCACUUUUUUAGCCUGUAAAGUGUAACUCACGCCGAUGUAAAAUCAUAACCCCAAUCCCAGACAAUUUGGAAAAUGCCACUAAAGUGGGCAGUGCCACAAGACCCUGAGGUGAAAGGGCUACAUGUGGGGAUGAGUGGUUAGGGGAUGAGGGGUGGGGGUUAUUAAGCGGGGCUGUGGUUAGGACAAGGGAAAGUAACGUAUUGAAACAUGGAGUGACCAGGGCAACACCUGUGGUUUCAUCACAGUGCGGUCUUUUGAGGUGGAGGAUUUUUCCCCCCUCAUCACCAGAGGUUGACAGACGCUUUGUGGAGCCCAGUAGGCCUGAGCAUUAUCAGUUCGAGCAGCAGGCUAAAGGUGCUGAAUCAGUGAUGCCUAAAUCUGGCACUGCUGAGGCAGUGCCAGAUUGCCUCAGCAGUACGGUUUCUGAAUGGUUGUGAUGUUAGCAGUACAGCUGUGUUAAAUCGAAAACAGAUAUUUGCUGUGCUAAUUUUUCGUUCGCCGAAUUAUCUAUCACGCUAAGUUUAGAAACUGUUUGCAGACUGGUUAGCGUGUACUUCAUUGGGUUUUGACACCUGUAAGUACAAUAACAACACUCCAGAUAUUCAUCCGUUGUUUACAUCGCUGUCCUAUCUCUUAUUACACACUACACAUCCACACAGACUUUUCCACACAACAGUAGCAGUCCCGGCUCCACAAAAAGCCAUUGUUAAUAGCAGUGCUGUUUUCUUCUUACCUUCUUAGCUGAUAUGGUCUUAAUAUUGUUGGCUCCCAUUGCUCAACAACUUCAUAAUUACACAGACUGUGCUAUGUCAGACUGCUCAAAAACAAACAAUGGUAUAUGCUUUUUUUCUUUUGUAAACAGUAUGCUGUUGUGUGACCCUAAACCUUUAAUUAGUACUCUAACCAAGCUUUUUUGGUGCUUGGCUUUACCGGCACCCCAAUAGGUGGAAGGA